CUGUGGCAGAAUGAGGCUGGCUGGAUCCCUAACCUGGACUUGCAGGCCAUUGAACUGGCUGCCCAGAGCAACCAUUAUUGCCAUGCCCAGAAGGGUCCUGAUAGUCAUCAUGACCCCAAGAAAGAGCGAGCGCGGCGCCAACUCUAUGUGGCCUCUGCCAUCUGCCUUGUGUUCAUGAUCGGGGAAGUUGUUGAGAUUCUGGGAGCCCUGCUCUCCGUGUUGUCCAUCUGGGUCGUGACUGGGGUGCUGGUGUACCUAGCUGUGCAGCGGUUGAUCUCUGGGGACUAUGAGAUUGAAGGGAGCACCAUGCUGAUCACAUCAGGCUGUGCUGUGGCUGUGAACAUCAUCAUGGGGUUAACCCUUCAUCAAUCUGGACAUGGACACAGUCACGACCAUGGGCACAGCCAUGAUGACACCAGCCAUGAUGAUACCAACCAGCAGCAGAACCCUAGUGUCCGAGCUGCCUUCAUCCAUGUGAUUGGGGACUUUCUUCAGAGCUUGGGUGUCCUGGUGGCAGCCUAUAUUGUAUACUUUAAGCCAGAGCAUAAGUAUGUGGACCCCAUCUGCACCUUCUUCUUCUCCAUCCUGGUCCUGGGGACAACCUUGACCAUCCUGAGAGAUGUGAUUCUGGUGCUGAUGGAAGGGACCCCCAAGGGUGUGGACUUCACUGCUGUGCGGGAUCUGCUGCUGUCGGUGGAGGGGGUGGAAGCCUUGCACAGCCUGCAUAUCUGGGCAUUGACCGUGGCCCAGCCUGUGCUGUCUGUCCACAUCGCUAUUGCUCAGCACGCAGACCCGCAGACUGUGCUGAAGAUGACCAGCACCCGCCUCCAGGGGAAGUUCCACUUCCACACCAUGACCAUUCAGAUAGAGAACUACUCUGAGGACAUGAAGGACUGUCAGGAGUGCCAAGGCCCCUCGGACUGA